AUGGUGUUUGGCUUCAUUGAUGCAGGGGGCAUCUUCCCUCCCCACACAAACCAGGCGGACGAGCUAGUGUUUGUCGUGGAAGGAAACAUUGAAGUGGGCUUUAUUACACCCUAUCCCGAUAGCCGUCUCAUUUCAAAAGUGCUUCGUCAGGGUCAAUUGCUCGCGAUUCCGAAUAGUCUCGUCCACUACAAGAAAAAUCUAGGAGCCAAAACUGCAACUGUCCUAAUUGCUCUUAGUAACCAAGACAUUGAUCCCAUCUUGCUUGCGGAAACAAUGUUUGGGUCCGGCUUAAAACUCGAGACGGAUAUUCUUGCAAAAGCUCUCCAUGUGGAUAAGGGAAUUAUUAAUCAAAUUGUAUCCAAGUUCUAG